AUGAACUGCAGCCUACCAGGCUCCUCCGUCCAUGGGAUUUUCCAGGCAAGAGUACUAGAGUGGGGUGCCAUUGCCUUCUCUAGGCAUACUUUAAACAAACCAGUCCUGAAACACUGUUAUUCCCAAAGUAUAUCUCUUUGUUUAAAAAAAAAAACUUGUAGAAGUUACACAUAUUGCAUUUUUUUAAAAAGUAUAUUAUUAGCCUAUAUAUAUAAAGUUCCUCAAUAUUUAAAAAUUUUAAAUGCCUGUCAUGACUGUAUUUUAUUAACUGAAGCAGUCAAAGUUAGAAAACACUUGUGUCAGAUUAGAACAUCAAACACAGAGGCAGCUGUAAGUUCAAUGUGA